AUUGAUUCAUGAUUAAAGAAGUCGGCAAUCCGUCAAACAUCUGCUUCUUGUAGCUCUAGAACCUGCGUUUAAGUGAUACUUUGACAACUUCCUUAAACAUUCUAACAACGAUCCUAAGUUUCAUUCCAGCAUGAGAGAAUAUGUUGUAGGAACAAGAGUGGAGUGUGAUGGCUUUCGAGGCACCAUUCUUUAUAUUGGUGAAGUUCCACCAACUAAAGGAACUUGGCUUGGUGUAGAAUGGGAUGACCCGUCAAGAGGAAAACAUAGUGGCUCACAUGAAGGAGUUCAGUACUUUGUAACGAGAAAAUUAAAUGCAGGUUCAUUUGUUCGUAUGAACAAAAUCAAGCCAAAUGUAGAGUUUAGUCAAGCCCUUUCAGAUCGAUACCUUAAGGGUUCCACAGAUGGCUAUGCAGACAAGUUACUUAUAAGUGAACUGAGAGAUGAGAUGAAUGCUCCAUUUCUGGAACUAGUGGGAUUUGAAAAGGUUGGCCGAAAGCAAAGUAAUCUGCGUGAGUUGAGCAUUGCAGUGCUUGAUCACUUGUGCAUUGAUCAUAGCAAACAUGACUUGGGGGAAGUGUGUCCCAACAUAGAAGAAUUGGAUCUCUCUUCCAAUCUCCUUAAUUCAUGGGUAGGGAUUGCAGCCAUCACGAGCCAGCUGCCAAGAUUGGCGGUUUUAAACGUCAGUGAUAACAAAUUAGCCAUUCCAGAGAAUCCUUUGUCUCUGAAAGCAGCAUUCAGUAAUUUGACACAGUUGCAAAUAAGCCAUAUGGAUUACACCUGGGGAACCAUUGUCCAGGCUUCUGCAAUGUGGCCUAGAAUUGAAGUUUUAGCGGUUCCGAACAAUAAUAUUAAAUGUCUCGAAUUUAUGGACAGUGACGUUUUUAACCAACUGAGAGUGUUGAAUCUUGAAGGUAAUCAUAUUGAAUACUGGGAGGAAGUAAACAAACUUGGACAGUUGCCUAACUUAGAACAAUUGUCUCUCUAUGGAUGUGGCCUGAGAAACAUCCAAGUAAAGGAAAAAUCAUUUUCUAGACUUUUAAAGCUCUCAUUGUCCAAUAACAGAAUCACACAGUGGGAACAUAUUUCUGAGUUGGAUAAACUGCCCAUGUUAGUCGAUCUUAAGCUAUGCAGUAAUCAGGGCUUUGAAGUCUAUAGCCAAGAAACCUUCUCACAUGGGAUUAUUGCUAGAAUUGGGAAUCUUCAAAUUAUCAAUGGUAGCCAAAUCUCUAGUGUUGAUAGGCGCGGAGCAGAGCUGGAUUAUCUGAAGCAAAAUGGAAAUGAAUAUUUGAUCGCUUUGUCUCAACAGCGCUCUCCGAAUGGUGAACAAGAAAUGAGAAAUUUUGAAGCAAAACAUCCUCGCUACAAAUGUCUUGUGCAAAAGUAUGGACCACCUGAACAAGGCGAAUACGAAACAAAACCAACUACUUUAAAGAAUGCACUAAUUAAUGCGCUAGUUCGUGGACGAACAACCCUACAGUAUGGCGAAUGGGCUGUAGACCCUACUGCAAUCAAUGUAGGCCGCAUGUAUGGACGGACGGGCGCAUUCACAACAAAUCAACAACAAGGCAUGGGAAAAAGAAAUAUGGACGCUCUCUCAGAGGAAGAGAAGAGAUUAUUUCCCUUGAAAACCGUUACGUCAGUCGUAUCACUAUUUGAAAGUAUUUUAAAAAGAACUACCGAACCAGAUUUAGCCUUGUUAUCGAUUAUCGUUGGGUGCAUUGAAAAUACUCUUACCUGCAAUCAACAAAUUCUUAGUGGCGCCAAAUCGACUGUUUUAACGACAACUGUUGAUGAAACCAGUGAAAAACCUCUCGCAAUACCACCAGUUAGAAAAGAAGAUGAUUUUCCAGAAAUUGAAUGGCCCAUAGUGGAAGCACUGUAUGUAAAAUUCAGGGCAGUCAUCAAAAGUUCAGUGGAUGUGACACAGUAUGGCUGUCCAGAGUUUGCAACACGUGAACUUGUAAAAAGAGUUUCAGAUGUAAUCUGGAAUACAUUAACCAGAAGUUACUACAAAGACCGUGCACAUUUACAAAGUUUAUAUAGCUAUUUAACAGGAAACAAAUUGGAUUGUUUUGGUGUCGCCCUUGCUGUGGUUGCUGGUUGCCAAGUGCUUGGCUUUAACGAUGUACAUUUGGCACUGUCAGAAGACCAUGCCUGGGUGAUUUUUGGACUGGAGGGAAAAGAAACUGCUGAAGUGACAUGGCAUGGAAAAGGCAACGAAGACAAAAGGGGUCAGCCUGUAGAUGCUGGAAUACAAGCAAGAUCCUGGCUUUACGUCUCAGGCAACCCUGUAAUUUGUUCUAGAUUUACAGAGGUUGCCUCAUUGGUUUCUUCCAUCAAUCCCAGUAUUACCGCGACAACUGACAGUUUAGAGGUCGCGUCAAUGCAGCAGUCUUUGUUAUGGGUGUUGUAUGACACAGGUCAUCUUACAAGAUAUCCAAUGGCCCUCGGCAAUCUGGCCGAUUUAGAAGAAUUAAGUCCAACUCCUGGUCGCUGCCACUGUGGUCAACUUUUUAGUCAAGCUAUUGAGGUGGCGAGACGAUGUUAUGGUAACAGCCACGUCUAUCCUUACACUUACCAAGGGGGUUACUUCUAUCGAAACCGGAUGUACAAAGAAGCACUCGAAAGUUGGGCUAAUGCGGCGGAUGCCAUUCGAAGCUACAACUAUUCGCGAGAGGAUGAAGAAAUAUACAAGGAAUUUCUCGAGAUUGCCAAUGAGCUGAUUCCCUUUGUAAUGAAGGUCGAAGGUUCUGGUCAUAGUGCCCGCUCAAUAUUAAAAGAUUCUGAAUGCUUCGCCCACUUACUUCGCUUUUACGACGGAAUUUGUCAAUGGGAGGAAGGAAGUUGCACACCUGUCCUUCAUAUAGGAUGGGCAAAACCUUUAGUCAAUACCAUCUCCAAAUUCGACUCCCAAGUUCGCCGACACGUCGUCAUCUCUUGCUCGGAGGUGGCAGAAGAAUACACACCAGUCACGAAACCACCAGAGGGCAAGGCCGAGUUUCAUCGAGAAAAUCUCGAUGCCAACGCCAAUCAAGUUGUCCUCCCAUGGCCGCUAGCAAAGGAGCAAGAGAAGGAAGAGCGGCUAGUUGACAGUCAUGUUGGUGACAAGACGGCCGACCAGAAGGCGUGGUUAGGGUCGACGGUGUUGGCCGCCCUAACUGAUCUCUGUGGUCGAACGGUUCUGAGUCCCGCCUUUUUCCUUGGUCCGGAUACGAAAACCGGAUCGUAUACGCAAGCGAUUCAUUCUUUGAAUAUUUCAGGGACUGCUGCUUCAACGGACAGCCCGGUGAAAAUAGUGAACAAACCAAAAUUGUACCUACGCAGCCAUAAAAUGGCCGGUCUCAAAGAUCUUCUGCUUUCGGAGAAGCUAAACACGCACGCCAUUUCGCUCCAGUUAACGGCACAGAGCCAGGUUCAGCUGGGUGGUCGUAAAUUGCGCGGAGAAGAAGCCAAAGAUGCCAAACAGGAAGGACGUGAUGCGAAUCUUUCCCGACCAAAAAGAACCAGAAAGGAAUAAUGAACUUUCCAACUAAUUGACAAGGCUUGAAAGUUCAGUUUUAUUUUAUUUUUUUAUUAUUAUGAUUUUUUUUUGUUAUUUAUUUUUGGGUUCCUGUUUCUAUAAUGUGUGAUUACAAAAAAUACCGAAAUGACAGAUUUUUCCAUUCACAAUGGAAUAUCUGGAUGCUUUUUGGUCGGUUGUGGACAGCCUUUGCCUUACAUUCGUGUUUCUACCAAAUGCUACUGCGCAGUUUGGUUUUUGGUUUUUCCCCUCAAUUACUGCCACCCUUUUUUUUUUUUUUUCUAAUCGAGUUUCCUAGCUGCCUACCCUUCCCCAGUGAUGGAAGAAGUUGAUCUGUUUUCAGCUAGUGUCAUGAACGAAGAUAACCCAACCAAUAAUGUUAUGUGUAAUGGGGUUUAUGAGCCCAGAAUUCAAAUCAAACGAUAAAAAAGGAAUUGAAGCCAUUAUUUCCUUUUUCAUUGUGCGUCGAAUUCGUUGUGGCUGAAUUCAUACAUUCCACGGUGAUGGCAAAGACAUAUGAGUGAAAUUUGUACCUGUAUUCUUACUCUAUUCUGAAAACCUUUUUUUAAUGUGGAUAGUUAGUUCAUUACUGAACGGACAAAUGCCAUCCUUAUAUCUUUUGAUUGUGUAUCUGAUAUCGUUGGGGUGAAUAAAUAUGUAAAAUAUGACGAUUAAA